AUGUCGAAACAACCCAAAACGUUUCGAAGUCGAUCUUCGGAUCAUGUACCUGUUGUUCCGACAAUGGUCAGCAAUUCGAAUGCAGCAGGUGUCAAGAGGAUUCAUGUUUGGAGGAAUGCAGAUGUAUUCUUUCCAGGGAUUCAGGUUGUGGUAAACACCCAUCGUGUCCCGUCCAUCGACGUUCUUCUCGAUGUUGUGAGUGAAAGAAUCGGAUUGAUAAAUGGUGCCAAAAAACUCUACACCACCAGUGGUACUCUUAUCAAAGAUAUCAAUAAAAUCAAAGAUGGAGAGAACUAUGUGGCUUCGAGUUCUCAUUUUACUCCAGCGGCUUAUGGUGGACAACAACAACAACAGAAAGAAGUGAAAAAGAAGAAAAAGAAACGAUCGAAGACAGUUCAAGGACGGAAAUCGGAUCAUCUUGAUCAUCUGGAGCUAGGUGAAGAAGUUAAGAUUCCAUUGAAUGAACCCAUUGAGCAUGAGAAAAAGAAGAAAAAGAAGAAGAAGGUGGUGAAGAAAAAAGUGGAUGACCAUCAUCUUCAUCCACAUCAUUUGGAUCGUCGUGGAUCUGAUGAGACAUUGACGGGAACUGCUGAAGUUGAAUUGCCAAGUGAGAUUGAAGAUUCAGAAGAAGAGGACGAGGAGCAUAGAGAGUUGAAUCAUAGAGAUUCCCCAGAUCACCACCAUCGUCCAUCCACAAAACACAGUGUUGCUCCUUCAAGAUCCGUGAGUCGCCGAGAAAGUCGUAGAGAAAGUCAUGAUCACGUGGACCAUAAAGAAGAAGAAGUGGAGAAGAAAAAGAAAGAUGAGAAGAGAAGAAAAUCAGUCAGUCGUCGUAAAUCUCAAUCACAUCCACACCAUUCUGGCCAACAACCCAACUGGGGAGACUUGUCAAGUUUCACUAAAAAUAUUGACUCUCUUCUUCGUAAUUAA